GAGCAGCAAGCUAACUUUCCUCAUUAGUGUUUAUUCGGGACGGGGCAGAGAAGCAGCCGAAUUGGUACAUCUUCAAUUUGAAGUUUUUCCCCAGCACUUCGUACUGUUUUUGUGUUUUUCCAUCAUGCCCCGCAAGCCCCAGGCCUGCCCGCUUUGCCGGGCUGUCUACAAGAACGUUUCGGUCCACCUCCGUGCCGUGCACAAGGUGGACAGCAACGCAGAGAGGAGGCUGCUGAACUCCUUGUCGUCGGGCAGAUUUGCCGGGCCGAUAGAUUGCCCCGUGCCCCUCUGCCCGGCGACAAACCUCAGCCGAAUUGACCGCCACCUGAAGCUGCGGCACUCGCUGGACGGCGACGAGCUGAAGCGGCUGAUUGCGAUCGCCAAGAAGGCGGCGGCACGAAGGUCGUUGCACGACUUGAGAGGCGCACGCAAGCAGAGGGAGGAUGAGAUGGCACGGCUGAAACGGCGGCUCCGACGCCUGGAGAAGGAGGUGGCCAAGCUGAAAAGGCAAAGCUCCUCUGUGCCUCAGGGGUCGGGAUCCUGGUCACGUUCGCAGCAUUCUGGCGGUCGGCAGUCUCGGAGCGAGGAGGGCGACAUGCCAUCCCUCAGCUGCAGACGGCGACGAUCAGCUCCUGUGCUCGUCACCACCUCCUCCUCCUCAGAUGAGGUGGUCACCACAGCGGUCCAGCUCUCCGGGGAAGGCCCCAGUGGCGCCACAUGUAGUCAGGGUGGCACUGCCCAGGUGGAGGGAGACCUGGGGGCACAUGGCACGCAGCCAUCGUGUAAGGUGGUGGUUGUCCUCCAGCAGCUGGAGCAGGAGGAGGAGGAGGAGGAGCAGCAGCAGCAGCAGCAGCUGGAGGAGUCGGAGUUUGAA